UAGGUCAGAGUAAUCACAGCUGAGAGGAAUCCAGGUUAAUUUUCAUUGUUUUGGUACAGAAAUCCAGGCGUGUUUAGGGUUCAUCGUUUAUGUCUUCUCUACUGUAAAAGGAAGGUAUUUGUUUUAUUUAUUUUCGUACAUUUUUUCUAGUGAACCCAUUCACCGUUGUAACCUAGAUCUGUUCACAUUAGUUAACGAGUAACAUUAAGACAUGAAUUGUUCAAUUAACAACAAUGGGUUAUUUAGAAAGUACACUUAGAGAUUUUAUAUCCUUUGAUAGAAUUGUGAAGUUGUUUUCCUAUUUGCAAAUUGCAAGUGUGCUGAGCAGAUUUUGCAGUAUGCAAAAAAUUGAAUUUGAUGUGCACCAAGCAAGGCAUGUGUGCAUUUGUGUUAGACCACCUGUUUUGAAGUUUUGGUUCUGCUGUUUGCAGCGCGGGGAGAUUUGAUGGGGAUUCGGUUUCUGUUGUGGGUGUUGAUAUGUGUGAUUACGUCUCUGCUUUUGAAUUUUUUAUCAGCUAUUAUCAAAGGAAGGAUUAACAGGAAAAAAUCUGUUGGGUUUUUCCACCCUUACACUAAUGAUGGUGGAGGUGGAGAGAGGGUACUGUGGUGUGCGGUGAAAGCAUUCCAAGAAGUGAACAGUAAUCUUGAUUGCAUUAUAUACACUGGUGACCAUGAUGCUUCUCCUGAAAGCUUGUUGGCUCGAGCAGUUGAUCGUUUUGGUGUCAAGCUCCUUCAACCACCUCAGGUGGUUCAUUUGUAUAAAAGAAAGUGGAUUGAGGAAGGAACGUACCCACGCUUCACCAUGUUUGGGCAAAGCUUUGGUUCAGUUUAUCUGUGUUGGGAAGCUCUGUGUAAACAUACUCCCCUAGUUUAUAUUGAUACUAGUGGUUAUGCUUUUACUUAUCCACUUGUGAGGGUGUUCGGGUGCAAAGUUCUAUGUUACACACAUUAUCCGACAAUCAGUUCAGAUAUGGUUUCAAGAGUUCGACAACAGGAUCCAAUGUAUAAUAAUGACCCUCUGAUUGCAAAGAGCAUUUGGCUAUCCCGUUGCAAAGUCAUCUACUAUACACUCUUUAGCUGGAUGUACGGGUUUGCCGGCUCAUGCGCUCACCUAGCAGUGGUCAACUCCUCAUGGACGCAAGCUCAUAUAGUGAAACUAUGGGGCAUUCCGAGACGUACAAAGAGGAUUUAUCCCCCUUGUGAUACUAAAGGCCUUCAGGUUCUUUCACUGGAAAGAUCUAUUAAUACACCAACAAUCAUAUCUGUUGCGCAAUUUCGUCCAGAGAAGGCCCAUACCCUUCAACUUGAGGCAUUUUCGGUUGCCAUAAAAAAACUAGAUCCAGGGUCACCUAGACCCAAGCUCCAAUUUGUGGGCAGCUGUAGAAAUCAGGAGGAUGAACAGAGGUUACAGAAAUUGAAAGAAAAAGCUAUCGAACUGAAUGUGGAAAAAGAUGUCGAGUUCUAUAGGAAUUUGCUGUACAGGGAUUUAGUGAGACUUCUGGGAGGUGCCAUUGCAGGGAUCCACUCCAUGGUAGAUGAGCAUUUUGGCGUAAGCAUCGUAGAGUACAUGGCUGCCGGUGCAGUCCCUAUUGCUCAUAAUUCAGCGGGUCCAAAGAUGGACAUCGUUUUAGAAGAACAAGGGCAACAGACGGGAUUCCUUGCUCAGAAUGUGGAAGAAUAUGCAGAUGCGAUUAUUCAGCUGCUAAAGAUGUCAGAUGCCGAAAGGCUUGAGAUGGCUGACGCGGCCAGAAGACGAUCUAGGCGAUUUUCAGAGGAAAGAUUUUAUGAUGACUUCAAGGCUGCAAUUUCACCAGUUCUAUGUCAUUCUUCCCUCUGAAUAGAUAUCCUUUUGGACAGUCUAAGCUGAUAGGAGCACAAACAGUACCACAGGUUAUUCAAAAGAUUAGAAAUAUAUAGGAACACAAUUCUUCAGAAUUUGUGUUCAGCAAUUUAAACCUGACAGGAUAUGUUCAAUCUAGAAGUUUUGUUUUAUAAGAUAGUAACUAGUUAUACAAGCCCAUUUUGAUGUGAUCUACGCGGUCUUGUUUUGAAAGUGGCAAAAGUUACAAGUUUAGGACACUGGAUAGUUUAGAACAACAAUGUACUCUUUUUCCCCCUCUGGGAAUGCUUCUGCUUAUUUGCUGUAUGCCAAUCAUUGGGUUAGAGAUUUGUAAAAUAAGAGAUCAUUCAUUUUUAUACCUGUUUUGGAGGCCAAAAGUUUGUAGAUAUGAAUCAUAUGAUU